UGUUAUUUCUCACUUUUUAUCACAAUGCUGAUUUUUAUUAUUUCGGGACACCUUCAAAUCGUGUAUCCCCUUUACCUUCCCUAUUUCGAUCACACCACACAUCCCGGCUUUGAAAUCCACGUUAUUGUUCAUGCCAUUCCGAUCGUUCUAUUUCUUGACAUCUUAACGCCGUUAGUCGGAACUGUCUUGAUCAUCAUCGUUAUGAAUUGCGCGCGAAUCGACAUCUUGUGUGAACGCCUCAAAAUUUUGAGCGCCAUGUUGGAAGAUGAGAAAAACGACCCGAAGAACAAUAAAUCUGAAAUUACGGAACUUUUGAAGGAGAUUUUUGACGAUCACAACGGAUUACUUACCUACACGGAUAAUUGCGAGGAACUUUUUUCGUUUCAGCAUUUGACGGAUCAUUUUUCGGGCGCUGCACAAGUUUGUUUGGCUUUGUAUGGAAUCAUCAUGUAUUCGUGGUAUCUUGGUGUUGCAUUAAUUGUUAUGAUGACUUUUAUGCUUUUUACGAUAAAUGUGCUCGGGACCAUUAUUGAAGUCAAGUUUGAUAAGUUGCUGGAUGAAAUUUGGAAUGUUCCGUGGUAUUUGUUGGAUAUUAAAAAUAGGAAGAGUUAUCAUUUCUUUUUAAGUCAUUCCCAAAAGACGGAUCGCUUGUCGGUUGGAGGAAGAGUACCGUUAUCGUUAAAUACAUUUGUGCAGUUGUACAAGCGAAUUUAUUCGUAUUUAAUGGUUUUAUUGGAAAUGCAGAAAUAA